AUCUUGAUUUUCCUACGCUUUCUCUCUCUAAGAGACAGUUUCUUCUCAUUUCUAGGUAGAGGAAUUGAGGGGGAGAGAGAAGAUCAGAUAAAGAUUGUUGCUUGAUUGAAUGGCUAAGCUUGCCAAUUAUUAUUCAAUGGCUGUGGGGAUUCUUGCAGCAGUUGUUUUUGCAAAUUUGAUUUCAGUGUCACUUAGUGUAAGGGUGCUGCCUCUGCAUCCUUACUUGAAGGGUCAAGACAAGCCAAUUAGUAACAUUUAUGACACAUCAAACUAUGGGAUUCUUCAGCUGAACAAUGGUUUGGGCACAACUCCACAGAUGGGAUGGAAUAGCUGGAACUUUUUUGCUUGUGAUAUCAAUGAAAAGGUUAUCAAGGAAACAGCUGAUGCACUUGUUACAACUGGAUUGGCCAAGUUAGGUUAUGAUUACGUAAACAUCGAUGAUUGCUGGUCUGAAAUGGCACGGGACUCUAAGGGUCAGCUAGUUCCGGAUGAAAAAACUUUUCCAUCUGGCAUAAAAGCUCUUGCCGAUUAUGUGCACUCAAAGGGCCUGAAGCUAGGUAUCUACUCGGAUGCAGGGGCUUUCACCUGUCAAGUGCGACCUGGAUCCAUUUUUCAUGAAUCCGAUGAUGCCAAACUCUUUGCGUUUUGGGGUGUCGAUUACUUGAAGUAUGACAAUUGUUUCAAUCUGGGCAUUCCUCCAAAAGAAAGGUAUCCACCAAUGCGUGAUGCCCUGAAUGCAACUGGCAGGUCGAUAUUCUACUCGCUUUGUGACUGGGGUGUGGAUGACCCAGCCUUAUGGGCUGGCACAGUCGGAAACAGUUGGCGGACAACUGACGACAUCAAGGAUUCGUGGGCAAGCAUGACAACAAUCGCUGAUCUCAACGAUAAGUGGGCAGCUUAUGCGGGACCUGGCGGAUGGAAUGACCCCGAUAUGUUGGAAGUUGGAAACGGUGGCAUGACCUACGAGGAGUAUCGAGCACAUUUCAGCAUCUGGGCUCUGAUGAAGGCUCCGCUUUUGAUAGGAUGUGAUGUUAGAAAUAUCACUUCAGAGACAUUAGAAAUUCUUAGUAACGAGGAGGUUAUUGCUGUAAACCAAGAUUCACUAGGAGUUCAAGGAAGGAAAGUAUAUUCAUAUGGACCAGAUAAUUCUUAUCAGGUGUGGGCAGGCCCACUCUCUGGUCAGCGUUUAACUGUCGUUCUAUGGAAUAGAGGUUCAAAAGCUUCGUCUAUCACAGUUAAAUGGGAUGUACUUGGACUCGAGUCUUCCAUCAGUGUCUCUGUUCGAGACUUAUGGAAGAAAGAGUGUGUAUCAGAGAACAGUAGGGCCUCUUUCAGUGCUCGAGUCGAUGCUCACUCUUCUGAGAUGUACAUUUUCACCCCAUCAACGACCUAUUCGUCUAGUUAAUCUCUUGCUGCUUUGAGAAUCGUGGUACAUCAAUUCUAGCAGUUGUCUGUAUUGAAGAAUAAGCUACUGUUUGGUUGUCGGUUUUGUGCUGGAUGCUGUGGAUAUCGGUUGUUGCAAGAGUUGCUUGUUUGUGUAAAUUUGUUGUUAUUCCAUGAAUAAGCAGGCAGAGUUAGAAGAUGGAUUUGCAGUUUUCUUCCCCAUUUAGUGUGUAUUAUUGCAAGAUCAAUUGAAUCUUUGUGGUCUGUUUCAGUACAAGAUUCUGUAUUUCCAUUUAUAAGGCCACACUUGGGCCAAGAUUCUGUACAAAUGGUGUUUCAUCUCUUAAGUCCAAUUCGAAUGUAAUUUUAUAGUGA